GCAGCCGGCGGAGCUUCCCGCCCGCGCGGGCUGGGGUCGCGCUGGCUCGGACUCUCCUCCCUGCCCGCCGCUACCAUGGAGGACCCGCGGAAGGACGGAGCCUACGGAUCACCUCAGAAGUAUGACCCCACCUUCAAAGGACCCAUUUACAACAGGGGCUGCACAGAUAUAAUUUGUUGCGUGUUCCUCCUCCUGGCCAUUGUGGGCUAUGUGGCUGUAGGCAUCAUAGCCUGGACUCAUGGGGACCCUCGAAAGGUGAUCUAUCCCACUGAUAGCCGAGGCGAGUUCUGCGGGCAGAAGGGCACAAAAAAUGCGAACAAACCCUACCUGUUUUAUUUCAACAUCGUGAAGUGCGCCAGCCCCCUGGUCCUGCUGGAAUUCCAGUGUCCCACUCCUCAGAUCUGCGUGGAGAAAUGUCCUGACCGUUACCUUACCUACCUGAAUGCUAUCAAAUCCCAGGACUUUGAGUACUACAAAAAGUUCUGUGUGCCUGGCUUCCAGGGCAACAAGGGUGUGGCAAAGGUGCUUCGGGAUGGCGACUGCCCUGCUGUCCUCAUCCCCAGCAAACCUCUGGCUCGGCGGUGCUUCCCAGCCAUCCAUGCUCACAAGGGAGUCCUCAUGGUGGGCAAUGAGACAACUUAUGAGGAUGGGCACGGCGCUCGGAAAAACAUCACGGAGUUAGUGGAGGGUGCCAAGAAAGCCAAUGGGAUCCUGGAGGCAAGGCAGCUGGCCAUGCAGAUAUUUGAAGAUUACACAGUAUCCUGGUACUGGAUUGUCAUAGGCCUGGUCAUUGCCAUGGUGAUGAGCCUCCUGUUCAUCGUCCUGCUCCGCUUCCUGGCUGGAAUUAUGGUCUGGGUGAUGAUCGUCAUGGUGAUUCUGGUGCUGGGCUAUGGAAUAUUUCACUGCUACAUGGAGUAUGCCCGACUGAGUGGAGAGGCUGGCUCUGACAUCUCCGUGAUGGACCUCGGCUUCCAGACAGAUUUCCGCGUGUACCUGCAUUUGCGGCAGACCUGGAUGGCCUUCAUGAUCAUUCUCAGCAUCCUUGAGGUUAUUAUCAUCUUACUGCUCAUCUUUCUUCGGAAGAGAAUUCUCAUCGCUAUUGCACUCAUCAGAGAAGCCAGCAAAGCUGUGGGAUAUGUGAUGUGCUCCAUGCUGUACCCACUGGUCACCUUCCUCCUGCUGUGCCUUUGCAUCGCCUACUGGGCUAGCACUGCUGUCUUCCUGUCCACUUCCAAUGAAGCCGUCUAUAAGAUCUUUAGUGAUGCUGCCUGCCCAGCUGUUGGGCAAACCUGUGACCCAGAGACCUUUGCCUCUAAUGAAUCCCACCAGUGCCCUACUGCCUACUGCCAGUUUGCUUUCUAUGGUGGUGAGUCAGGUUACCAUCGAGCCCUAUUGGGCCUUCAAAUCUUCAAUGCCUUCAUGUUCUUCUGGCUGGCCAACUUCGUGCUGGCUCUAGGCCAGGUCACGUUGGCUGGGGCCUUCGCCUCCUACUACUGGGCUCUGCACAAACCUGAGGAUCUUCCUGCCUUCCCACUCUUCUCUGCCUUUAGCAGAGCCCUCAGGUACCACACAGGCUCUUUGGCCUUUGGUGCCCUCAUUUUGGCCAUAGUGCAGAUCAUCCGAGUGAUGCUGGAGUACUUGGAUCAGCGCCUGAAAGCUGCGGAGAACAAAUUUGCCAAAUUUCUCAUGACCUGUCUCAAAUGUUGUUUCUGGUGCCUGGAGAAGUUCAUCAAAUUCCUGAACAGGAAUGCCUACAUCAUGAUUGCCAUCUACGGCACCAACUUCUGUACCUCAGCCAGGAACGCCUUCUUCCUGCUCAUGAGAAACAUCAUCAGAGUGGCUGUCCUAGACAAAGUUACCGAAUUCCUCUUCCUGUUGGGCAAACUUCUCAUCGUGGGUAGUGUGGGAAUCCUGGCUUUCUUCUUCUUCACCCACCGUAUCAGGAUCGUGCAGGACACAGCACCAACUCUCAAUUAUUAUUGGGUCCCUAUACUGACCGUGAUCAUCGGCUCCUAUCUGAUUGCCCAUGGCUUCUUCAGUGUCUACGGCAUGUGUGUGGACACAUUGUUCCUCUGCUUCUUGGAGGAUCUGGAGAGGAAUGAUGGCUCGACUGAGAGGCCCUACUUCAUGUCUUCCAACCUCAAGAAGCUCUUGAACAAGACCAACAAGAAGCUGGCAGAAUCGUAAAGGCCUAGGUCCCCCACCCUCCAAAGUUUCACACUGGGUGCUGGGCGGCUGGGUUCAAACCCCCAGCCUGUUGGACUGAUCCGAAGUCCUAUCACUGCCGUCCCUGUCUUCCCAUCAUCCAGUUACCACCAGUUUCUGGGGACCUAGAAGACUUGGGGCAUCUCCUCCCUGUGCCAAGAGGCAGAAUUUUCACAGUAGCCCCCUAGGACUUCAAAUUGAGUCACUGUACCCUCAUUGGCUCAGAUGGGGAGAAGUCCGCUGAGGCCACUGAUGUCUGCCAGUUCCCCGAAACUUCCUGCCCCCUGCUUACAAUGGGACAGUGUUGUGUCUUCAGAGUGGUGGUCGCAGUGAGCUUUGACUCCCAGUGCCCCUGUUUGCUCAUGCCUGCUCUGGCCAGGACCAAGGCCCUUCUCCAAGACUGAACUGGCUUACUGGACAUCACAGGCAUUUGUUUUUUGUUUGUUUGUUUUUUAACCUGGAUGUGUAGUGAAGAGUCUGUUAGCUUUUUUCUGUCUCAAAAUCAGAGAUGGGACGGCUGAGGAGUACCAUCCAUUGUUCCCUAAGCGCUGGGUGUGGCUCAGGUGGGAGUGUGUGCGCUCAGGUUGGGGGAGAGUGUCUGUGGGGGAGGACAGCUGGGAACAGACUGGUGGACAGACCAGCGCAGGAGGAAGGAGCCCACUAAUAACUGCUUAAUGAAAACCUGCUGACUGGCUGGAGGAGUUGUGAGAGAGAACUGACACAGCUCUCUUUGUGAGAGAGAAAACGGAUCUACCGAAGGGACGAUUUCAAGGGAAGGAGUAGGGGAAGAUGCUGUGGGCAAACCAGAGUCACCCUGUCCAGACUCCUAACCUUGAGGAUUCUUUUGCCAAAAUUUAUUAAAACUCAGGGGACCUGAUCUCCGGGUUCCCCCUCUGCCAUAUUCCAAGUUCUUCUGACUUCACGUAUUUGCUCAUCAGCAUUGUUCCAGGAUCUCAGGGAGAACUCUGGGCCUGGGGUCUCCAUUUCCUGUGCCUGCUGCCAGCCCUCCCACCUCCAUUCUGUCUGCACAUCCCGCGUGGAAAUUGCACUCCAACCACUAAUAAAGUGCCUACUGUACAGAGCCUGGGCCUGCAGUAUUUGUGGGA